ACGAGUUAGAGGUCUCGGGAUGGGAGUGGGUAAGUUUAGUGGGGGGACACUAAAGCUUAGUAGAGACGAAAUCAAUUCGGUGACCGGUCGUGGGCUAAGUGGCACAAGCAGGCGCGGGCACAAUACAAGUCGUGGUCGAAGAUGAUGUCAGUGAUAGCAUUACGAUAAUUAUUCAUCGUGCACAACAGACGUAUCAUACGUUUUAAAACGUUCUGCCAUGGAACUAAAUUUGGAGAGAUUGUAUCCCGUCACCGAUCUCCUCGAUGGAGUGCAUGUCUACAGGACGAGACCCGUCACGCAGCCGACUGGAAUUGGAUUGUCGGUCGUCCGGAAGAGUACUGCUCAUCGUCAGAGCGCUCCCUCGCUGCAUUGCUUGGUCACUCACUGUGAAAAUUGCCUCUCGGGCCUGCUCGAGGAAGUGUGGCUGUGGUGGCUGUUUGACCUGUGCACCGAUGGGUGCGAUCCUCGUGGAUGCUCUUCGGGCUGCCAAUCAUCCCUUCCACGGUAGCCCCUAUCUCGCGGGUGUCUGUCUCGGUGGUCCCGGGUUCUGUAUUCCCGGUCUCUGUAUUCCUUGUCUCUGUAUUCCUUGUCUCUGUAUUCCCUGUCCCUAUAUUCUCUGUCCCUGUGUUCCCCGUCCCGGUAGUAGUCUCUGUGGUCUCUACUCCUGUAGCCUCUGCCCCUGUUUUCAUGAUAGUAGUCAUCGUGGUGCCUGUACGAGGGGUCGGAGUGAUAGCUCUGGGACGAGUAGCUCCUGCUACUAUAAAAAGAUAUGAAGGUCAGCUUAGCGAAUCUUUCAUAGUUCAAGGCAAACCUUGGGCGUUUUGAAUUUUGUUGAUUAGUAUCUAUCAUAACCACUCGUGGCUCAUUGUGACGGUAGGGCCUUUCGCGAUCGCCGCCAUCGUAGCUAUAGUUAAUACUUAAGCGAAUCUACAGAAACAGAUGUGUCACACUGUUGCACCUGUAGAGCUCCCGCCCAUACUUAUCCUGCACAACAAAUGGAGCAGGACGUGUCGGGCGC